UUUUAUGAAACGCUAUAACUACUCCUCCAACUUGCAUUACAUAAUUAUUAACCCAUUUGAAUUUUCACAAACCAAACUUAACACCCCAUUUUCCAUUCUCAAUAUAUAUAUUCAUCAUCAUUAUAUAGAUGAAUAAACCUCUUUAGCUUCACAAAACUAACACCUUUGGAGAUAUAGAGAGAGAGAGAUUGAAGAUUUCAAAAAUGCCUUCCCCUAUUCAACUCCACCGAUACAACCACCACGCCACCGACACAGCCACCGCAACCGCCAUGGCAAACGGCGUGAACUGCCCUAAACAACCCCAGACACGCCGCUUCUCUCUCUCCUCCGCUAGAGUAACCGCCCCGGAGACAGUCUCCCGGCACCACGCCCAUGUGGUGGGGCCCAGCCAGUGCUGCUCCGUGGUGGUGCAGCACGUCGACGCCCCAGUCUCCACCGUGUGGUCAGUUGUACGGCGGUUCGACAACCCGCAGGCGUACAAGCACUUCGUGAAGACCUGCCGCGUGGUCUCCGUCUCCGGCGACGGCGGUAUUCACGUCGGCGCGCUGCGGGAGGUACGUGUGGUGUCGGGGCUUCCGGCGGCGUCGAGCACGGAGAGGCUGGAGAUCCUGGACGACGAGGGGCACGUGAUGAGCUUCAGUGUCGUCGGCGGCGACAACCGCCUGAGGAAUUAUAAGUCGGUUACGACGGUGCACGGUGACGGAAACGGAGGGACGGUGGUGAUAGAGUCGUAUGUGGUUGAUGUGCCGCACGGGAAUACGAAGGAAGAGACUUGCAUUUUCGUUGACACGAUCGUUCGCUGCAAUUUGCAGUCUCUGGCUCAGAUCGCAGAAAACAUGAUGAUGAAUUGAUGACCAUUCAACAAUGAAGAAAGAGAAAACAAGACCCUGUUCUUCUCUGUUCCUCUUAACUUACCUUCAUUCAUCUUUUUCUUUUUGGUUUUUUUGUUUCUAAUGCGGGUUAUGAUGUUAUGUACCAUGGACAUAUAGAUACAUGACAUGAUGAGCCUGUGUUGGAAAUUGGUCUUGGACGUUUAGGUGUUUUUUGUUGGAGAUUAACUCCAAUGGUUGAAUUUGAACGAAUGUGAUAUCAUGUAACAUGUAGUCAUGUAUCAUCAUCGUGAUAUAUAUAAUCUAUGUAGUGAUCUAUCUAUAUAUGUUCAAUUUUCUUCUUUCA